GUGACUUUUUGUUCAAAUUGCUCGUAGGGGGAGAGGAUGGCUAUCUUUUCUCUCUCCCUCUCUCCUCCUUUGAAUCAGUCAUCAGUUUUUUUCCCACCUCAGAUCCGACUUGAAGAACCCAUCCAUAAUAUUAAUAUCACCCACCCGUCUACUCACUACACCAUUAGACAUGUCCGCACUCCUCCUCCUCCGACCCUCAAGAAUUCUAGGACGGACGGUGAUUGGUAGUAUCGGCAGGUCUAUGUCGACUGCCACGAGGCAUGACAAUGAUCCUGAGGUCCUCGAAAAGAACAAACAAAGCCUUCUACGAAAGCACGCGAAGGGCUCAACCGAAUACCCGCACUGGCAUGAGGAACUCGCUUCUGAUGCUGAGGCUUUCGUCAAAUCCUACCGUGGAGAAAUCGACGCUUCGGAAGUGGAGAUAGCAAAGCUGCAGAAAGCAACGAAGAAGGUACUUGAAACUAAGGGCGAUGGUAAGGAGUAGGGGUAGAGGAAGUAGGCGAUGGCCAGUUUUCUUCUUUUCCUUCUUCUUCUUUGAUUGGGGAUGAAUGAAGGAAGGGAGAGGAAGGAAGCGGUUGUGGGAUACCCGGUAUGUACAAUGCGGGUGUCGAAUUGAAUGAGAACGCAUGAAUAUUUCGAGUACCGGUAUAUUACACACACCGUUAUUGGUUUGGGUGCAUAAAGUUGCAUUGCGUUUAUCACACCAGUGCUAGUACAGUACCGGUACUCGUACUGCGAGGCAGAAGAUUGAUGAGCCAAUCGAAAACGUACCGUACCGUAAUGUAUGAUGAUACGGAUAGUUGGCAUUUGGAAAACAUCGCGUGAAGGAGCUCAUCCAACCAUCAAUUGUACCGUUCACCUCCUGAUAUGCAUAGUGGAAGUGAGACACCUCACAGGAGCAUAUCGGUACCCCAAU